AUGAACACUCUGCGAGGUGCCUCAUAUGCAGGUUUGGCGUUCUCUACUUGGGAGAUUUUAAUUACGCUCCAAGAUGAGGUAGAUCUGAUGUGGAUGCACCCGAGGAGGUGGACAAUCAUCACGCUUCUUUACUUCUUCGUGCGAUACUUUGCUUUGGCUGUUUCAGUGAGUAACACCAUCCUUGCGACUAUCCUUGAGGCUCGAUAUCCUGUAUCUCGAGAGAUAUGUCGGCUGUGGCUCUCAUACCAAGCCCUUUCGGUCUAUCUGCUAUUGGGCGCGGUAGAUGUCAUUCUGAUGAUUAGAGUAUAUGCCUUCUACAACAGGCGCCGUUGGAUUGGAAGAUUGAUGCUGGCUUUGGUGUUCCUUAGAAUCAGCCUUUCGUCUGCAAGUGCUGUGAUGACAGUUCCAGACCAAGAGUUCAAUGAAACUUGCUUAAACAAAGAUGUCCCAUCUGUUGUGAUGUAUUUCUUCAUAAUGGGGGAGUUUCUUAUACAAAGUGUCAUCCUCGGCCUUACUGUUUGGAAGCAUCUGGUUGCUCUGCGUGCCGGUUGGGCGAGCACACCUUUAGUGGCGUUGCUUUGCAGAGACGGUGCAACCACCUUUACAGUUAUUAUAGGCGUCUUGAUAGGCACUUUGGUAUAUGCGCGCCUCGAGUACAUGCAUGACUCUGCCCACGCCGUCUUUCCUUCCUUUAUCUCGAUACUGUCCUGUGUAGGUUGUCGCUUGAUAAUUGGCAUGCAGAAAUUGGCCGCCAACGUUAUGGUACCGGAAGCCGCCCUCCCCACGGACAGUCAUGAGUUCACAACAAUUAUAGAAUCUUUGUGGACAAGGACGCCCUCUAUAAUACCCGGGACAUCCCUUGCUAGAACGUCAUCCAUUCAGACGGGUCUGGGAUCUCAGGCUCGAUCUCACAGCAUUGCUUCUUAG